AACCUCGCCAUUGAUUCUUUGAAAAAUACCUAUCGCCGCCUCUCCAUUUCUUAAUUUUCUUCUCUCUCCAUGUUUGAAUGCUGAUUUUUCUUCUUUCGAUCGUCUUCCUCGUCCAAUUCCAGUUAAGAUUUUACCAACCUAAAAAUCUCUUACAGACUGUUCAAUCCCAGAGAAGCGAAUCGAUUUGAGCCAAAUCGAAGAUGGGGAAAGGAUUGCUUGAUCUAGAGAAGCAAUUCUCCUUCUACGGUGCGUAUCACAGCAACCCGGUGAACGUUCUCCUCCACAUCAUAUUCGUUUGGCCCAUCUUUUUCACCUCCCUCAUCCUAUUCUAUUUCACCCCUCCUCUUUUUCAUCUGCCGGUCUUCGGUGGCCUCGACCUCAACUUCGCCUUCAUCUCCGUUGUCUUCUAUUCCCUCUUCUACGUCGCACUCGACAAGAAGGCCGGAUCGCUCGCCGCUCUCCUUUGCUUCCUCUGCUGGUUCGGAAGCCAAGCCCUCGCUGCUGCUCUCAGCUUCUCUCUCGCCUGGAAG